AUGAAAUACGCCACGGUCUUGUCGGCUUCGGCCAUAUCUCUGUUCGCAACCUUGGCAAGCUGUCUCGUGAAUCCAAUCAUCCCAGGGUUCAAUCCCGAUCCUACCAUCAUCAGAGUGGGACAGGAUUUCUUUCUGGCCACCAGUACCUUCGAGUACUUCCCCGGGGUCCCGAUUUAUCAUUCUACUGACCUCGUGAAAUGGGAGAACAUUGGGCAUGCGCUCAGUCGGCCCUCGCAGCUGAACCUGCGUGGCACUGCACCAAGCGGUGGCAUCUUUGCACCGACACUGAGACAUCACGAUGGCACGUUUUACUUGAUCGACACUGUCUUCGAUCUCAUCAGUCCUCCUGACAACGUCACGAGAGUACCUCGUUCAUUCUACGUGACAACGCAAAACAUCUUCGACGAGACCAGUUGGAGUGAACCCACCUACGUGGAUCAAUGGGGGUUCGACCCCGAUCUGUUUUUUGACGAUGACGGCAGAGUUUAUCUGACCACAACGUUUUCGGAAUUCGUCGACAACGGAAACUUUGCCAACUGGAUCACGGAGAUUGACAUCAAGACGGGAGACUCGUUGAGCAACUCGCGGCUGCUUCAUACAACAACAGUACCCCCUGAGCUUGGUUACCCACUUACAGAGGGAAGCCACUUGUACAAGCUGAACGGGACAUACUAUAUGAUCACUGCCGACUCGGGGACCGAGGCUAACCACAAGGCCAACGUCUAUCGAUCCAAGACAUUGGAUGGCCCAUGGGAGGGUAACCCGCAUAAUCCCGUCUUGUGGAAUGGAGAAGACAUGUCUCUGCCUGUCCUGGCCACUGGCCACGCCGACAUCGUCAACGACACCAACGGCAACUGGUGGGCAGUCUUCCUUGCCACGCGCCCCCAAAACCCGAGAAACAGCACCGGCCUGCCCCAGCUCGGUCGCGAGACCUUCUUGUGUCCCGUGACGUGGGACGAGAAUGGGUGGCCCAUUUUCAACAACAACGAGCCGAUCACGGAGCACUUACCAGGCGUCCUCUACGACCUCGACAGGCCUCGGGUCUGGCGCGACGACUUCGAGGGCGGGCUGGUGGACAAGUCAUACUACUACCUGCGGACGCCCUACAAGGACUUCAAAGACUUCGAGUCCAGCCCCGGGAAACUCCGCAUCCGAGGGAACGUGUACACGCUCAACGACCGCGAGACCCCGGCGGCGCUGCUCCGCAAGCAGGCCAACAUCAACACGACCUUCAGCACCGAAGUCAGCGCGUUCGGCCCGGAUUCCUCGCGGCAAGAGGCCGGCGCCAGCGUCUACCUCAGCAUCCACUACCACGACGAGAUCGCCAUUACCUACUCGAACGAGACGGGAAAGCGGUGCAUUGUCAUCCACACAAGGACCGGUCCGGAUGCAACGCGCAACACUACUUACGUCGAGGACGAGGAGGUCGCCAAGGGCGUCCCGGUGAAGCUCUUCAUCGAGGCAAAGGACGUGGGAUACCGCUUGGGCUACUCGACUGGCUGCAAAGCCCCGCAGUGGCUCGCGAGCGUCGAGAACCGUUGGCUGCAGUCGUACGUGGAAGGGUGGCAGAACUUUGUGGGGACACAUUUUGCCAUCUACAGUACAGGCACGAAACUCCCGACGCUCAAUCCGGCGGAUUUUGAGUACAUCCAGACUGAACUAAACUGA